AUGCGCGCCCCGCUGAUCCUCCUCCUGGGCCUCGCGCCGCUCGCCCGCGCGGGCGACUGCAACAAGAACAAGCACUGCGCAAGCGACGAGUUCUGCUACUCGUCCAGCGACUCCGAGUGCUCGAACCGGAACUGCGACUGCAAGGCCUGCUCGAGCUACGGCGGCAAGCCGGGCUUCAGCGCAAACGGCCAGAACUGCGACCGCUACGAGAACGUCUGCGGCGGCGACUGCACGGCCUCGGCGCCGACGCCGGCGCCGCCGACGCGGCGGCCGACGCAGCGCCCGACGCGGCGGCCGACGCCGCGGCCGACGCGGCGGCCGACGCCCCGGCCGACGCCGCGGCCCGUGGCCUCUGCGCCGGCGCCGACGCGGCGCCCGACGCCGCGGCCGACGCCGCGGCCCGUGGCGUCGCCGCCGACGGCGUCGCCGCCGACGGCGUCGCCGCCGACGGCGUCGCCGGCGUCGCCGCCGACGGCGUCGCCGCCGACGGACAACGGCAACAACGGCAACAACGACGUGGACGAGGACAAGGACGAGGACAAGGACAACAAGGACGAGGAGGCGACGGCCGCCGCCUCCGGGGAACCGUGCGACGCCGUCGAGGUCGCGGGCACCGAGACUUCGUUGUUUUGGGGCUCGUACGACGGGCUCUACGAGGAGGCGGGGGAGUGCAACGGCCGGCCCUACUACAAAUGCACUUGCUGCAAAGACUACUCGCCGGAGUACGUCGAGCACGCGGCGAGCGCGGACUGCCGGGACGACCCCGACUGCCGGGACGACGCGGACCGGUGCAUGAGCGACCAGCCGGGCUGGGAGCGGGGCUUGCACCACUACAUCUUCUACUCUUCUGCCGAAGGCGCGUGGCAGCUCCGUCGCUACGAGGACGGGUUAUGGGACGAGCUUUACAGUUGCACCUUCACCGCGGUCGGGUACCAGCUCGCGGACGCCGGGGGCGACCUCUCCCCCGCGGCGUCGACGGGCACGUGGGAGCUGUACGACUUCUGGACUGCGUCGUGGGCGCCCCACGCCAUGACGGCCACCUGCAAGGCGGACUCGUCGGCCUCGGCCAUGUCCGCCGAGGGCUUCAACGAGAUCCUCGCCGGGGAGCGGGGCUGGGGGCUCCAAACCCUGGCUCUGCUGGCGUUGUUGGUCUCGCUAGUCCUUACGCUGUUCUGCUGCUACUUCUCGGCCAAGGCCGUGUCGGGCAUGCUGCAGGCAUCGAACGCGGGUGGCGGGAAGAAGAAGACGAGCGUCGCUCGGCCGUGGCAGGUCGCCACGAUGCCGGGCUACGAGCUGCUCGGCUCGCCCGGGCCGGCGCUCGCCGGCCACGAGCGCACCUUCUUCGUCAAGUUGCCGGCGGGCGCGUGCGCGGGCUCUCAGGUGAAGUGCUCGACGCCCACGGGCGCGCCGGUCUACUUCCGCGCGCCGGCCGGAUCCGGUCCGGGCCAGAUCGUGUACGUGCCCUGGGACACGUCCCUGCCGACGCCCUCGCCGCGGGCGGGGGCGCACUUCGUGGACGACCUGCCGCGCCCGGGCGCACCGCCGCCGCCGCCGCCGCCGUCGAAGACGGCGGCCGCGCUGCCACCACCGAAGACGGCGGCCGGGCUGCCGCCACCGCCUCCCUCGAAAACCGCCGCCGCGCCGCCGCCGCGGCCUCCAGGGGUACCACCGGGCAUGAUCGACCUCGUGGUUCCCCCACAAGCGGUCCCGGGCGUCACGCGCGUGAGGAAGGACCUCCCGGACGGCCGCAGCGUCGAGGGCGUCGUCCCCAAGGGCGCGCGGCCCGGCGACCACUUCCACGUGCCCGUGUGGUCCGCCAUCGUGCUAGGGCACGGUUUUCUGGCCCUCUCCGCUGGACAAGCACGACCAAGCACACCCGAGAACCACACUGAGAUUGCCGAGACGGCCGAUGAGGCGGCGGACAAUCUCGUAGCCUCGCCGCAGCCGCCAAUGGCGCGCGCAGCAGUGGACGACCUGUCAGACCUGGAUGAAGCCACGGUCGAAGCAAUAAGAGCCGCGGUCGACCACCAGGAGCGGCGCGAGCUGCAGCGCCUCGCGAAGUUGCGCGGCAUCAAGGCGAACCAGAAGUCGGCCGUGCUCGUCGAGGAGCUCGCGCGUCGCCUGGCCGCCCACGACGCCGGCGCGCGGUCGGCCACACCACCACCACCUGCAGUGCCGGUGCCGGCGCCGGUGCCGGCGUCAAUACCGGCGGUGCCAAAACUCGACUACCGGCUGCUGCCGCCGCCUCGAUCAGCCCCCGGCGCGCCGCCACCGGGCAUGGUGGACCUCGUGGUCCCGCCACAAGCGGUCCCGGGCGUCACGCGCGUGAGGAAGGACCUCCCGGACGGCCGCAGCGUCGAGGGCGUCGUCCCCAAGGGCGCGCGGCCCGGCGACCACUUCCACGUGCCCGUGUGGUCCGCCAUCGUGCUCCGGCACGGUUUUCUGGCCCUCUCUGCUGGCAUCCAGCCGCGCGAACCAGCCGCGGACGACGACAACGAGUUCGCGCCGACGGAGGAGGCCGCGCCGCCCGGGAUACCGCCAGUCGCCGGGCCGGAGCCGGCGCCCGAGCCCGCGCCCGCGCCACUGCCGCCCCCGGCGGCCGCGCCGCCGCCGGCCGCAGCAUCCAUGGUGACGGUGACCGUGCCUGAGGGUGCGAGGGCCGGCGACCAGCUGUCGAUUCCGCUGCCGGACGGGAGCGAGGUCAUGAUCACGGUGCCCCCGGGCGCGCGGCCCGGUGACGAUCUCGAGAUCCCGACAGGCGGCGCGCAGACCGCGCCGCCCCCGCCACUGCCGCCCCCGGCGGCCGCGCCGCCGCCGGCCGCAGCAUCCAUGGUGACGGUGACCGUGCCUGAGGGUGCGAGGGCCGGCGACGAGCUGUCGAUUCCGCUGCCGGACGGGAGCGAGGUCAUGAUCACGGUGCCCCCGGGCGCGCGGCCCGGUGACGAUCUCGAGAUCCCGACAGGCGGCGCGCAGACCGCGCCGCCCCCGCCACUGCCGCGCCCGGCGGCCGCGCCGCCGCCGCCGCCGCCGCCGCCAUCGGAGGCCACGCCCCCCACCACCACGGAACCUGAGGAGGCCCCUUCAGCCGAGCGCGUGGGGGCGUAUCGCGUUGUGCCGCCGGGGCAGCCCGUGCCGGAGCAUGUGGCUGUCGGCCACGUGAUCUCCGUCCGCCCCAUGGACACGUCGCCACCGCCACUGCCGCUCCCGGCGGCCACGCCGCCGCCACCGCCACUGCCGCGCCCGGCGGCCACGCCGCCGCCACCGCCACUGCCGCGCCCGGCGGCCACGCCGCCGCCGGCCGCAGCAUCCAUGGUGACGGUGACCGUGCCUGAGGGUGCGAGGGCCGGCGACGAGCUGUCGAUUCCGCUGCCGGACGGGAGCGAGGUCAUGAUCACGGUGCCCCCGGGCGCGCGGCCCGGAGACGAUCUCGAGAUCCCGACAGGCGGCGCGCAGACCGCGCCGCCCCCGCCACUGCCGCGCCCGGCGGCCGCGCCGCCGCCGCCGCCGCCUCAGAGAACACCGCCGGGCAUGGUGGACCUCGUGGUCCCGCCACAAGCGGUCCCGGGCGUCACGCGCGUGAGGAAGGACCUCCCGGACGGCCGCAGCGUCGAGGGCGUCGUCCCCAAGGGCGCGCGACCCGGCGACCACUUCCACGUGCCCGUGUGGUCCGCCAUCUUGCUCCGGCACGGUUCUCUGGCCCUCGAACCAAGCACACCCGAGGAAGCGGCCCUCUGAGGUCGCCCUCGUUUGCCCUCGCUUUAGUGUCGGGCGGGACGAAAGGGCGGGCGGCGAAAAUUCAUAAAAUAAAUUAACUCGAA